AUGAGUUCCCUCUACGAUGACUUGGACGAUGUUGAGUUGAGUAAAGGAGAAAGUGGAAGUAGCAGUUGGGUGCUUGGAGGAACUGCAGGGGCGCCUUCUGUCACAUCGUCGACGACGACUGGAAUUGGACGGCUUGUUGCUUCUGCGUCGGGAGGAAUGGCAACGCCUGGAGGAUAUUCGAGUAUGCAGAUGAUGCAAUCUCACAUGGCAAUAAAGAGGGCUCAAGGACGUCGUGGUUCGGGCAACGACUUCAAUUCUCGGAAUACGGUGGUUCCUGUGCUCGAUAAUCGUCGUGGGGGUGGUGGAACUAGUGCUGAGGGGUCAUAUCGGUUCAAUCAAAUGACGGGCAAAAUGGAGCGUGUUGCAGCCUCUGCAACGUCGAAUUCGAGCACCUCCACCUCUCAGUUUUCCUCGGGUCUUCUCUAUGGUGAACCGAGCUUAUCGUUGGGCGUAGCGGAUGAGUACAAUCCUUUGUGUCCUAAUGACUACGAGGAGUUGGCUCGGCUGAAACGCGAAAAGCGAACUGAUCGACCUCCCCGCGAUUCCCACGGUCCAAGCAACGCACCCAGUGGUUUUAGUCGGCGACCAGCACUUUCGGGUAGCGAAAGUGACAGCGACGACAGCUCCAACGAUUCCGACAAUCGAGUUCGAGGUCCACACCACAGAAAGCGACCACCUCCUCCCCCUCCUUCUCGUGCAGCAAUCGCGCCUCCCAGCAGCCUUCUUGAGGAUGUUAUUGUAGCUCCGGGAUCAGAUACUGUGGGCAAAACAUCCGGCACCAACGUUACGUCUUCUGGCGAUAUUGAUGGCGAGGCUCUGGAUGAUGCGGUGGCUCAAGGAGCUGCCGGAAGUUAUGGAAUAAAUGCAGUGGCGGCUAAAAUGAUGGCCCGAAUGGGCUAUCGCCAAGGUCAGGGCCUGGGCAAAGAGGGUCAGGGUAUGGCCUCUGCUCUCGUGGUCGAAAAAACCUCUCGUCAUGGUGGCAAAAUUCUCCAUGAAAAAGACCUCCAACGCUUACAAGAGGCUGAAUCCGCUGCCGCCAUGUCUACUGGUGGCUUUUCCGAGCAGCUUGCGAUGUCAGGAUCACUUCCUCCUAAUGCUACUGAGGUUCUGCUAUUACAAAACAUGUGCGGUGGACCAAGUGAGGUUGACGACGAUUUGGAGCCGGAAAUCAAAGAAGAGUGUGCGAAAUACGGCGAAGUCAUCAGCUGCAUGAUUUUCCAACUCGAGGAUGCAGGUGAUGGACCAGAAAGCGUUCGAAUAUUCGUCGAGUUUAAGGAAAAGGAGGCUGCUGCUAGAGAACCCCUCACAGGGGUCUCUCGAUCUCUUCAUUAUCGAUAA